ACCACUUGGCCAAUUGUUUAUUGACAGCAAGAUUAUGGCCAAUAUUAAUCAAUUAAUUAGUAUGUAAUUCCAUGUAUAAAUGAAGCUCAUUUUCCACACAACAAUCACAACAAAAGCCUAAAACCACCAAACCUAGCUAAACACACACAAAUACAAAGAAAAAUGGCCCUAGACGAUGGUAGUCGUUCUGAAGGCGGUUGUGCAAGGGCUAAAAGCUUCACAUUACAGCUCCUAACGGGGCGGUUUUUCAUGGCAUUUACAACCAUUAUAAUCCUCUCCUUCAUUGGUACCUCCUAUAUAUUUGGUCUAUAUUCAGGUGACAUUAAAACAACUUUAGGGUAUGAUCAAAGUACCCUUAAUCUCCUUAGUUUCUUCAAAGACCUUGGUGCUUAUGUUAGUGUUCAUGCCGGUUUAAUCAUGGAGGUGGCCCCACCUUGGGUGAUCCUCUCACUUGGUGCCAUGGUUAACUUUUUCGGCUACUUCAUGAUCUGGCUUUCGGUCACUCAUAAGAUCUCCCGCCCUCCAGUUUGGCUAAUGUGUCUUUACAUCACCAUUGGAGCUAACUCCUUAGGGUUUGCCAACACCGGGGCUGUGGUGCCCUGUGUCAAGAACUUCCCUGAGAAUCGAGGCAUUGUGAUUGGGCUUUUAAAGUCAUACAUUGGUUUAGGAGGCGCUGUUAUGGCUCAAUUAUACCAUGCCCUAUAUGGUAAUGAUACCACCGCUGAUGGGGUGAUCUUACUCAUUGCUUGGCUACCCGCGCUUGCUUUGUUGCUCUUUGCAUUUAGUGUUCGAGUUCUUAAGGUUGUUGGUCAUAGACAGAUCAAGAGAGAAAAGACAUUUUUCAAUGGCAUCCUCUAUAUAUCUUUGGUCCUAGCAGGGUUCAUUAUGGUUAUGAUCUUAGUGCAAAAACAAGUCGAGUUUAGCAAAACGGGUUAUAGUGUGAGUUGUGUUUUCAUCAUGGUUCUCCUCAUACUCCCUAUAUUCCUAGUCUUUAAAGAAGAGUUAUAUGCUUUUUCGAAAACCAAGCUUUAUAAUACUCCCACUAAUACCCUCUCUGAGUUGAAGAUCGUGCCUAGUAGCGAUGAAUCUCCAUCAACAAAUCAAUCUAAUAACCCUAAUAAUAAUAAUAAUAAUAAUAAUAAUAAAGGAAGUAGCAAUGUAGAACAUACAAAAGUGUCAUGUUUUCAAGAUGUGUUCCGUCCUCCAGCUAUGGGGGAAGACCACACCAUCUUACAGGCCACGUUUACUAUUGAUAUGAUGAUAUUGUUCCUUGCUUCAAUAUGUGGCUUAGGAGGGAACCUAGCAACAAUAGAUAAUCUAGGUCAAAUUGGUACAUCAUUAGGCUACCCUAAAAAAAGUAUUAGCACCUUUGUGUCAUUGAUUGGUAUAUGGCAAUAUUUAGGGCGUGUGUUAGGAGGACUGAUUUCGGAGCAGUUAUUAAAGUACAAAUGGCCUAGGCCUGCCAGCCUUACCAUCGUCCUCUUUAUUUCAUGCAUAGCUCAUCUUCUCAUAGCCUUCAACGCGCCGUAUGGCCUCUAUGUAGCAUCAAUUAUCAUGGCAUUUUGCUUUGGUGCCGAGUGGACUUACCUCUACUCUAUUAUAUCUGAGCUAUUUGGGCUCAAACAUUAUGCUACAUUGUACAAUUACGGCUCACUGGCCGCCCCAUUAGGGUCAUACAUUUUUAACGUGAGGGUCGCGGGGCAUUUGUAUGACAAGGAAGGAUUGAGACAACUCGAGGCGUUAGGGUUCACGAGGAAGCUUGGGGAGGAGUUGAAGUGCAACGGAGUCAAGUGCUACCAAUUGGCCUACAUAAUAAUCGCGGCGGCUACUUUCUUCACCGCCCUUGUGUCUUUGAUUCUUGUUGCUAGAACUAGGAAGUUUUACAAGGGGGAUAUAUACAAGAGAUUCCAAGAAGAUGAGAAUAAUGUGACAUUAAAUGUGUCUUCUGGCAGGAUGGAAGAAGAGAAGAAUUAAUUUUUAUAUUUUUUUACUUAAUUGAUCGAUUUCUCAUUUGUUUAUAUAUAUUCUAUCAUUUACUUUUAUGUACAGAUCGAGUGGAUUAAUAUAGUAAGUUUAUAGUCCAUUCUUUAAUAUACUUCCCAAAAGAAAAGUGUAUUUAUUUAUUCAAAUUUUUUCACAAUAGCUUCUUCCUCUUCAGGAUAGCUUUCUUGGCGGUUCCUCUUCGCUGCUAUGGAUGUCUAAACAUGCUUCGCUUUAUCGCUUUUGUAGUACUUGUUCCAAUACCAGUUUGCAUCAUAUUUCCUUUGUUGGUGUUUUCAUAGUAGUUCGGCUUUUUAAUAUGUUAGUCUUUCAUUUCCCUUCCAUCAGUACCAUAUUUGCCCCCCUUUUGGUAAUGGUGGAAUGGGUAUGCUUUUGAUGUAAUGGCUGUUUUAAGCCUUAAA